AUGGAUAUGAAAUUAAAAGUUAUACUUGCUAUACUACUUGUGUUGAAAAUCUCACAGGUAUACACACAAGAAGCAGGUGAUUCAGCAGUGAACGUUAAUGCUGCUAACGCUAAUCUUAUUAGUAAGCGAGCAGCAUCUACUUGUGGCGGUAACUGUCUUAGUAUGAAUUGUCCUUCAUGUCCAUGUGGUAGAAAUCGAAACAUACAAAAUCCAGCGGUGGUGUGCCGUCGGUACAACGGAUGGAGCCAAUCUUGUUGUCGAUGUAUUAUUAAAAUGACGUCAAAUGGAAAUGCAAAUGCAGUGCGUUAUUAUAAAGUUGGAGUGCGCAAGAAUACAUACGACGUUGGUUUAUUUGGAAUUCAUGAGAGCCAGUGGCAUUCAUGUAACAAUGGCACAGCACCGUGUGGUGUUACACAAAACUUGAACUGUGCUGAAGCAGUUUGGAAAGCGAAAAGUCACUUUUCACAAUGGACAGCCUUCGCAGCCUGUCGAAAACAAAAACAAUGCUAA